CAGUGUAAGAGCCAAAGGGAAAAAAAAGUACCUAGUAACAUAAUACAUAAAAUCUAUCUUGAAAUUAUUAUCAAGUCUUAAAGCUGUCUGGCCAAAGUCUGGAUAUGUAACAAAUAAAAAUAAUUGCCUGAUAACGUUUACCAUAUCUGUCAUCGCUUACGUAUAAAUAGGCGAUUCAGAAAAAGUUAAACAAGAAUGUGCAUAGUUUUUAUAUAUUCUGGUUACCAUGAUCCAGAAAGCAACUACAGUUUAAUUUUAGCUGCAAAUAGGGAUGAAUUUUUCGAUCGUAAAGCACAGAAUAUGGCUCCGUGGAAGGAAGACCUCACUAUUUUUGGAGGUAUUGAUUUAGAAGCGGAAUGUCAAAGCACAUGGUUAGCUUACUCGUCGUCUGAGAAGAAGCUUGGUUUACUUCUUAACUAUCCUGAAAUUAAAAAGGAAAGUCCUAAAAGUAGAGGAAAGAUUGUAACUGACUAUAUAAAAAGUAAAUAUACAACAGAAAAUUAUGUGCCCUUUAUGAAAGAUAAUGAAGAUGACUAUAAUGGAUUUAUCUUUGUGACAGUAGAGUUAAGAAAUAAAGAACCCCUUAUUCAAACAUAUACAAAUGCAACACAUCAUUUGCAGUCAUGGAAACAGAAAUGUGUAGGAUUUUCAAACAACUUGCCUGAUACUCCUCUGUCAAAGGUGGUAGCUGGAAGGGAAGGAAUGCUAAAAAUUUGCGAAGAAUAUAAAGCUAUUGAAGAUAAAUCAAAAUUGAUAGAAAGUCUUUUAGAUUUUUUAAAAUCUAAAGAAAGACAUUUACCAGACCCAAUUCUACAAAAUCGAAGACCAAUGGACUACAAAUGUUUCUCAUCAAUAUUUGUUUGCAUACCAUCAGCCCGUUAUGGAACAAGGACACAUACUUUGAUGCUAGUUUCAAAAAGUGGGCAAGUUGAUCUGAUAGAAGUUACUAUGCAAUCACCUAUCAACUUGUCUUGUCCAAGUUGGAAAAGAUCAAAUUUUAAAUUAUAAUUUUAGGAUAAAACUAAAGCCAAAGGAUAUUUAUAAUAUUUUUAAUUGUUUAAAGAAAAAUAUACAUUUCUGUCUAUA